AACUGAAUCUAAAAUUUAUAAUCAAGAAUCUCUACAUCUAAAACUGGAUCAUAAUCAUAAUAGUAUUAGAUUUUAGAUCCGUUUGUAAAUAUGUAUAGAACAGCAUAAGUCCUUUCUAGUUAAAAUCAAAACAUACUACUUUCUUUUUUUUGGAGAUAUAGAUAUGUCUGGCAAAGUCUUUCUUGCUUCUCAAUAACAAUAAAUAUCUUGAGAUCACUACGGACAUUACGUAAUGUAAUUUGAGCAGGUUGUUUAUCAAGGACUCUGCCAAGUUUCUUUUUCUAAACAAGUUUUUUGUACUUAGAAACUAGUAGAACAAAAGUCUAGCAAGGGCAAUUGUUUUAGAAGCUUCAGAAGAGACCUCACAUUCUUCUCCUACGUCGGCUGAUUUCUGAAAAAAAAAUGAAAAAGUUCAUAAACUUUUUAGCCUCUCCUUGGGGCAAUAGAUCAUCAGAGACAGACUCGGAUCUGAAUAGAUCGAGGAAAAAAAAGCCUCCAAGAAAGUCGGAAGAAGUUAGACAACGUCAUGUCUCCGAGUCGGCACUAAGAGACGAGAUAGACAAACAAUACAGGCGGUCAUUGGACAAACAACACAAACAAAUUCUGAUGUGCGAAACGUACAGUCAUACUCUUUCCGUUCUCAACUCCUUCGAGUUGGAUGAUGACUAUUUCGACUCGGAUCCCCCCAAAAAAUUCUAUUCAAGAUCGAAUUGUCAGCUCCCUAUUGAUGCACACAAAUCUACACGUAACGCUCAAAUGAAUGAAACUGUAACUAUGCAUGGAGCCAACAAUGACUUUCAAUGGUCAACGGAUUUCUGUGGAGCAGAACUGCUUGGUACAAAUAGUACAAACCAGGUGCGGCAUGCACUAAGUGAAGAACUGGGAUGUACAAAAGGCACUAACCAGGUGCAUCAUGCACAAAGUGAAGUCAAGAAGACAGCCAGCGAGAAGGGUACACUAAAGAACAAUGUGCUGAUAGAGACUCAGCGAUCAUCUCAUCUAUUCAAAGAUUGUAUCGAGAAGUCUGAAAGUGAUGGAUUUUAUUCCCCAAUCCCACUUGAUAAAAACAAAGAGAAAGAAUUUGUGAGCAAAGUCAAGAUCUUUCUAGAACAUCGAGACAAGCACCAAAAAAAUAAUAAAAAUAAAAAAUGAACUUUAAGACUUUGACAUUGAAAUCAACACAAUUAGUCUUACUUGAAAUUGUCUAAAUUGAAAUCAAAUCCUUAACGACAUUCAUUUUGUGUGUAUUUUGUUUUAAUGGGACAGUUUCUGACAGAAAGUUGUCUACCACAAUUUGAAACUGAAUAACAAAUUUCGUCUAGCUGUGAAUGCUGGUGCCUGGUUUAAAAGAGUUAAAUUCGUCUAAAAAAAGAUUGCCUUCAACCUGGGCAAAAGGAAAUAUAUAAACGGUAUUGCGGCCUAUUGGCUUACAAGUCCACUACAGUUGAAAUAGCCAGUUAUUUCUCUUGUUAUGUGAAAAAUCUUUAUUUAUUUCUCUAUUUUGUGGAAUAUAAAUGAUUUAUCUAUAA